CUGCGUCGGGCGCGGCGCUCCCGUCGUGCCUCGCGCAGCCGGAAGCGGAAGUGAGUGCGCUGGUAAUCAUGGUGCCGCCGGGGCGGGGAAGGAGGUGCUGCCGCUGCCGGGAGCUCGAUGCGUUCGAGGUGAGGGUAUCGCUGUGAGCGGCUGGAACCAUGGGGGAGAACAGCCCCGAGGGCAACGUCAUCUACUACGAGGUGGAGGACGACGACUUUGCCCAGGAUGAGAACAUGCUGAGGUUCACGGAGAAGAACGGGCUGGUUUCUUCGUCACCGGGGACGGUGUACGACAGGACGACCGUGCUGAUCGAGCAGGACCACAGCGUGCUGGAGGACGAAGAGGAUGAGGGACAGUGUGCUGACCACUUGCCUUUCCUGCCAGAGGGGCACGAAGAAGGAUUUCAUUUGAUAGCAGAUCAUGAAGGAAUGUCCCAGGGUUAUGUGCAACAUAUUAUUUCUCCAGAUCAGAUUCACCUAACAAUAAAUCCUGGUUCGACUCCUAUGCCGAGAAACAUCGAAGGAGCAACACUCACUUUGCAGUCUGAAUGCCCAGAAACGAAGCUGAAAGAAGUUAAGAGAUACCAGUGCACCUUUGAGGGCUGUCCACGCACCUAUAGCACUGCCGGCAACCUGCGCACUCACCAAAAGACACAUCGUGGGGAAUACACUUUUGUCUGCAAUCAAGAAGGCUGUGGCAAGGCCUUUCUUACCUCCUACAGCCUCAAAAUCCAUGUUCGAGUGCACACUAAGGAGAAGCCGUUUGAGUGUGACGUGCAGGGCUGUGAAAAGGCGUUCAAUACACUGUACAGGUUGAAAGCACAUCAGAGGCUUCACACAGGGAAAACGUUUAACUGUGAAUCAGAAGGCUGCAGUAAAUACUUCACAACGCACAGUGACCUGAGGAAGCACAUUCGGACACACACAGGAGAAAAGCCAUUUCGGUGUGAGCAUGACGGCUGUGGAAAGGCUUUUGCUGCAAGCCACCACCUUAAAACACACGUUAGGACACACACUGGGGAGAAACCCUUCUUCUGCCCCAGUAACGGCUGCGAGAAGACUUUCAGUACGCAGUAUAGUCUCAAGAGCCACAUGAAAGGUCAUGAGAAAGGACAUUCCUAUAAUGCACUUCCCAAUAACAACGUGUCUGAGGAUACGAGCCACUCACUUUGUUUGAGCGACUUGAGCCUCAUAUCAACAGACUCAGAAUUGCGGGAGAACUCUAAUCCAACACAUGGACAAGACCUGAGCACAAUCUCACCAGCAAGCAUCUUUGAGUCGAUGUUUCAGAGCCCAGAUCAUACUGCAAACCAGGACGAUUCCCAGCAGACAGCUGCCUUGAUUGAAGGUUUCAAUGGCGAUGCAGACUCAGUCCCCGCUGUUCCGCCUUCUGCAGGAGACUCAGCAUCGUUGUCUCUUCCACUCGUGUUGCAGCUUGGCAUCUCUGAGCCUUCGCAUCCAGCACUACAAGCCUCAGCAGCACCCGCUGCUCCCUCCUCUGUAGGAACCAGCUCACAGCAAGCUGCGUUUGGAAAUCCUGCAACUGUUUUACAGUCCCCAGAAGUGCCUGUUCCUCACAGCACACAGUUUGCAGCCAGUCACCAAGACUUCCUGCAGCACACUCAGACACCGCCACAGCCCAUCGUACAAGGACUUUCAGUGGUUGCUGGGGCAUCCGCCCCGACAGCGUCGAGUGCCACUGAGCCCCUGCCAGCAGUGGUUCAGACUGUGCCUGUUGGUGCGAACUCUGUUCUGACCAGUAAUCCCACUAUAACUAUUACUCCUUCGCAAAGCACCGCUAUUCUGCAGUCCAGCAUCGUCAUGGGAGAGCAAAACUUACAAUGGAUCUUAAAUGGUGCCACUGGUUCUCCUCAAAGCCAAGAACAAAUGCCACAAGUUCCAAAAGUAGUAGAAAAGGUGUUUUUUACCACUGCAUUACCAGUAGCUGGCAACACAGGAAGCCCUGUUCAGCAGAUUGGUCUCAGUGUUCCUGUCAUUAUUAUAAAGCAGGAGGAGGCCUGCCAGUGUCAGUGUGCCUGCCGAGACUCUGCCAAGGACAAAGCCAACAUUAAGAAGGAAUGUUCCUCACCUGAUUCUAAAGCUUCGGAGCAGCCAGCUCCCCAGCUGCAGCCUCAGACCUUUCCUUCCUCUUCCCCUUCUUCCUGUGGGCAGAGCAGUCAGAUAGUUAACCCUUCAGACUCACAGACUGAAUCGUUAAGUGCCAUGGAUGUAUCGGACUUCCUGUCCCUCCAAAGCCCUGAAACCCCAUCCAAUAUAAUUCCAAUCGAAGCACUACUGCAAGGUGAGGAAGAAAUGGGUUUAAAUAGCAGCUUCUCUAAGUGAAGAUGUUCCAGAUUUUCCUUUGCACCUGGAGGGUAAAACCCUUCUCCUUAGAAGCAGAAACUGAAGGAUCGAUUCUUUUUUUUUCCCUUCCUCCUCGGAAGUUUCGUGGCUUAUUUCUGCUUCACAGAUGUCAUCUUAGUCACGUCCCAGGUACAUCCAUCUUUGAGAAUCUAUCUAAAAAAAAAAAACAGAAAAGGAAAACAAAAAAAAAAAAGAAAAAGCUAAGUUAUAUAUGAACUGUUUUGGCUGCACUGUCUGUCACUUUUGCUUGUCAUAUGUGAACACAGAAAUUAAGAUUACUCGUGUGCAAAAAAAGAGUUUUAAAAGGAAAAAGGGGGGUUGGUUUGUCUCCAGUUGCACAUCGUGUUUGGGGUUAAGGUACUGGUGGCGAGUGGGUCUUUGUUACAACACCUUGGGUCUCUAAUUUUCUCUGUCUCUUACGGCUGACACUAAUCAUGCACUAUAAGGGGAGCUCGGGAAGGGAAUUUGCUGUCGUAGAAAACGGCGUUGUUGUGGAACUGCGAUAUCACGGGAAUGCGAUUGUCGCAUCGCUAAGUCGGGAGCUGAUGCCUGGGUUUGCUUUGUACUAACGCUGUUACUAAAGCCUACGGAAGCUUUUGGGGGGAGUUUGUUUUAGUAGAGCACAAGUACCUCGUGCUCCCGGUAGAUCUGUUAAUUUAAUUUCAUUAGGAUUUCAAAGCGUGGUGGCAGACACUGUUUCACGACGUGCAAACGCCAUCGGAGCCCCUGUUUACUCAGGCUCGAGAGCUGUUUCUUUGCCUCUGUCUGGAGGACGCAGCGAGCCCCAGGUUGGUGCCUGCUGCCCUUCUGAUCUGUUUGGCUCUGUUCAGGAACAAGUCCUCCUCCACCCCCCGCGACUGCUCGGUCGGGAGCACGGUGCCUUUGCUGGUUACUCUCAUCUGUUGUCAAGAACAACUCUAGGAGAAAUUCUCAGAAUGAUUUGACAUAAAUUCAGUUUGAAUCCAAUGAGUUCUGUCCUUCAGCUGUCCAUAAACGCUUCCUUUGUUUCUGUCGAGCUCUAUAAUUACUGCCUGAAUCUGCCUCCAACCUACUGCGGUGCCAGCUUUUUGUGCACGGGGCUAUUUCGGGGCUAAAAGAUGUUACACAACGUAGUAGUUUUUCAUAUCAAACUGAAAGUCUCUAUUCUAACCUACUCAGGGUAAAUAAAACACAAACCCCCCCCUUCCACCAAAAAGCCUGUAAUGUUGCAAUAAAUGCAGUCUCAUUCUAAAUGGUUUAUUUAUGCUGCAUUAUUUUAAGAUGUAAUUUUAUAGUGUUUUAUCCAUCUUUCUGGCUUUGGCUGUCAGUCUUGUGUUAAAGGAAAGGAUAUUAAGUAGUCUUUAUUCAGUUUACAGUGUUGUCAUUAGUGACAUACAAAGAUAAUGACCGUAAGCCAAUUAACGUGGAGUGUCUCUGCGUGCUAAAUUUAGGAAUGAAAACUUGUAGUGGCUAGAGAUUUUAAUUGUAUUUGAGGAGAGAAAGCUGCUCUGUCCCUGCUGGGGGAGGAUGGUGUGAGGGCAGCCUCUGCUGGAGGGGAGUGGGUUUUUAACCCCUGGCGAUGGGCAGCCUUACAGCGCCGCUGCUUCGGUCCCAGCCCGAACAGCAGCUUGAGUAAUCUCACGUGCUUUUCCCUUGACGCAGCGCAGGUGGAAAUGGGCUGAAGGGAUGGCUUUGUCACCUCUCUGAGAACUGGCUUCCAGUUGUUUGGUGCCAAAGGGUAAAACUGCAUCCUGUUCAGGUGAACAUGAGGGAAGAGAGGCUGUGCAAAGGAUACUUUAUGCCUGGGAAGUGUCGUGUCACCCUGUAGGGAAGAGAGCUUCAUUUUGGCAGUGGCAGCGAUGAGCUGGGGACCCCAGCCGACCUGGAAAUGGGCUGAUCGUGGUUCUUCUGUGCUUGGUGCCGUGCUGUUGCAUUUGGGAUUUGCAUCCACAAACCGUUCAUUAACAAAGAGUUGUGUGGUUCAUUCUGGUAACAGAGUGCAGUGAGGUGGCAGCAGCUUCGUUUUGCGAUGCAGUUUGGUUACAGGGCAGCAAGAACUGCUUUAAGCAUGGAAGAAAAAGUCUCAGGCCUGCGUGGCUGGGAUUGUCCUGCCAGCUCUCUUGGUAGAGCUCCGCAUUGGCAGCAUGUGAGCAGCAGCUGGGGCUGCGUGGGGAGCCCGGGGCCUCACGCCUGUCCCACCGUGCAGUGUGGCAAGGCUGGUGGAGGGACAGCGGGUACACACACGUGAGCCUCCUGCUGCAGGAGCAGGUAGACUUCCUGGGGGCUGCAGGGGUUCUUCUGGUGGGAUAAAGGUUCCAGAUGUGGCCUGAAAUGUGGCAGCUAGGGCAUUUAGCAACCUCUUCUGAGCCUCCCCAUCCUUCAGGGAAGCAUUUUUCCAUGCUGCUUUUGCUACUUGUGACUUAAGCCACCUGAAACGCACUUCUGGUUGGAUCAGAUAGCAUCUUCAGAAACUCCUUUGUGACAGAAAUGAGUAGAAGACUCUGCCAAAGGCUUUGAAACGGGAAGUGAGUUUGGAAGAGUGGUGACGGGGCUGUCGGGGUUUAACCUCUCUGCCCUUUUCUCUUCACAGCUACUCUUUUCUGUUUGUGUGUCCUAAGAAAAGCAGCGUGUUCUGGGUUCCUGCUGAUUUUUGGGUGCCAAGGGUUUGCUGUUACCCUCUUGUACGGGCAUCGGGCAGGCUGUGAUUUAGGUGAAACUAAUUGGAGCUCGUAAUGAGGCAGGAGUAGCGUGAUUCUGUGAGUGCAUGGGCCCCCGCACCAUGAUUGCGUUGUAUGGGUGUGUGCUUUUGUUGUUUAAUUGUUGGUCUGCUUCCCUGAGUGUUCCGUGCUGCCUGUAUCUGAUCCGUUUCACCAUGGACACGUGCAUCAUCCCCAGCGCUGUGCGAUGCAACGUUGUGCUGCCAGGAUAGUCAUUGACACGCUUGGAUGGGGGGAGAUGGCGGAGCAGGAGAGGGCAGUUGCAGCGAAGCCCUAAGAUUCCUCAACGCCAGAGGAUUUUCUGUCCUCGUCCCGUUGCUGCCCCAUAAUAUCAUUUUUAAUCAAGGGGGAAGUUUCUGCCGUUGUUGGUCUGGUGAGAUGCUGCGUUCCCGGGAAGGGGCAUGUUCUGUUGAUAGGCUGGAGCCUCUAAGAGCAGCGUGCCCUCUCUCUGUGAAUUCUGCAAAUCACUAACUCCUUUAUCUGUCGGAGAGCAAAAUUGUGCUGCUCCGGGUCAUUCUGUGUUAAAGGUUUUGCUGUUUUCUGGCUGAUGGGGGUUUAUUUGGUUACUUACAGUUCCUAGAUGAAUGCAGAAGCUUAAAUAUGUAGGAUGGGUCUAACUGCCAACACUGGCAGCUCCAGUCGCCAAGCAGCGACCCAAGCAGUGCACUUGGUGUGCAGGUGAAGGCUGCAGGAGUUGCUUUUCCUGCUUGUGAUGGUGGAGGGAUGGUAAAUCAGCACUGUUUAAAUGCUGGUACUGAAUUAUAUAGAACAAAGUACGAAUCGGGCACUUGUGUAAUGCUGACUGUGUCCAGAAAGACGAGUUUGCAGAACCUCAAUACUGGUGUCUAAAAUGCACUUUAGGUUAUUUUAUCUUUAACCCGAUUGCUGCAAUUUCUUUUGUAUAUACUUUCACAAAGUUUAUUUUUGCUCUGAGUAAAAGUUAACAGGGGUGUGCAAAGAUGAGCACUUACCUUGGUGCAAUACUUGUAGCUGAAGAUCGUUGUCCCGUGUAGUCUGUCUGUCUGUGUCUAACGAGUGUGUAGUAACGAGCUCAGCGACAUUCUGCUCUUCCCUGUCUGCACCCAAGAGAAAUGAUGCAUCACUGCAAAUGUCCGAUCUAUGCAAAUAUUCCACGGAGAGCACUGUGCUUCGGCAACCUUUUCUCUCCCGCUUUCUGGUGGGCUGCUUGUCACUUUGGUGGGUUCAGGGCUGUGUUCUGCGGCGGGUCCUUCCCCCCUGCCCUCUGUCCUACCACACGAGCGUGCGCAGAAGUGACAGGCUGCUCUGCGACAGCCAUGGGGCACCUUCACAGUUUGUCUCUGCGGUCGUUUUUUGAUGUCAUUAUCUGCCUUACUUGGAGGAUGGUGCUUCCGUGGCCAUCCCAGAGAUGGUUUCUGCAGCUGCAGUGAUGGUGUUGAGUUGUUCCCAGCCAUCCUGCGCCAGCUAUCGAUGAGGCUGGAAGGAGCGAAUGACGGGCUGGUGGGUGGUGGAAUGGUUAGGGGAGAGCAGUUCAAGCAUCCUUGACCCUGGAGCUGCUCCUGGUUGGAGGGAACGCAGCCGGCACUGGGGAUGGGAGGCAGCCGGGCCCGUGGUGCAGAGCAGCCAGGGCUUGGUGUCCUGUUCCUGGCCAGUCACCUUGCUCUCCAUGCUGUUUUCCUCCCUGGAAUGAGGACGAUGAAACUUGUCCUUGUGAGAUGCUGUGAGAAGUCCUUGGCGCUGGUGAUGGGACCUGGUUGGGUGGAACUGUUGGGAGUCAGUUUGGACUGUAAGGCAAAGAAAGCACGUCUUUACUAAACCCUACGGAUUUCUGAUUGCGUAGUUUUUAAUUGGUACAUGAUUUUUUCCGUAACACAUUUUAGAAACAAUGUCAAGUUUUUAUAAGCGUUACCUGUAGUCGAUACUUAUGGACAGGGCUGAACUUUUCCCUUUUGCGUGUCUUGUCUUGACCUGUAUCCUCUGUCCUAGGGGUUGGGCUCUGUGUCUGCACUGAGAAAUGCAAAUUGAACUGGAUAUUUAUGUAGUGGUGUGCGUAGUCCAAGUGUGCGUGUGCUCGGGACUGGUUUAAGAUCCCACACCAUGCUUUGGUGGUGUGCAAGCUAGCCAAAAUUUGGUUCAUUAUGCAGUGUACACUUUCUCAAAUAAAUGCAGUUUCUACUUUUUCUUACAAGGAGUUUUUUUGCUAUGAUCUUUUCCAGCAAAUCAAGGGUGUCUCUGCAGCACCGUAGUCGCAGUAGCUGGUGUUUCUUUCCGUGUAGCUUUGUGUCUUUCCACUCGCUUCCCGAACGGAGCGAUCUGUCUGACCUUUGCUUUGGAGAGAGGGGGGGUAUGUGCGGUUCUGUUUCACACAGAGCAGCAUCGGCACGGUGGGCAGAGAUGUGAAACCUCGUGCCCGGUUAGUUACCAUGAUGGCUUUUGGCAUCAACAGCCGCGCUGCCGGCAAACCAGGGAGGCCCGGAGAGCCACAAGCUGGCUGUUGUUCCGUUUGCCACAGAACGGGAGCCGGGCAGCAGCUUUGGAGAUGGCAAAAACAAAAGAGCCCCAGUUUUUGAAGAGUGUGUGUAUGGUAUUAAAGGAAUUUAUUUAAUUAUGGAACGUAGGAACAAAUGUGCUUACAUUGAGCAAUGUGAAGGUGUUAGUUACAGGUACAGUACUUCCAAAGGAAGAGCAUCUCCAAACCCCAAAAAAGAGUAAAUAUGAAUUUGUAUUUUUUGAAGAAUGUAAAAUGUGAAAUAAUGGUGUUUGCUUAAUUGCUCAUUUUGUAUGAAGUUAAUAUUGUACUUUGAAAUAUCUGCAAAGAAGUGGAGAUUAACUUUUUUGGAAUUGAAAGCAAUAUUAAUACUAAUGGAAUCCUAAUUAAAUGCUUAUUUAAACAUUGUGUGAUAAUAGUCUUUCCUCAGAGUAUUUAUGAGUCAUGUGGGAGGUGUGCAGUGACACAGGUUGCCCCGAGCAGUAGUGGCUGCCCCAUCCCUGGAGGGGUUCCAGGCCAGGUUGGAUGGGGCUUGGAGCUCCUGAUCCAGUGGGAGGUGUCUCUGCCCAUGGCAGGGGUGGGACUGGAUGGGCUCUGAGGUCCCUACCAACCCAACCCAUUCUGUGAUUCUAUGAUGUGUGGGUAUUCUUCCCCUGCCGGCUCCGCUCAGGUUGGGAUGUGGAGGUGUUCCCAGAUCCUGACAGGCAUUUCCCCUGGCAGCCUUCAUCUCCUUGGGCUCCUUCAGGUAUGGAGAAGGGUUUGAGUGGAUGCUGUGGUGACCACGUUAUCCUUCAGUUUUGAAAACGGGAAGUGCUUGUGCAGCGCCUUUCCUGCAACCGCCAGCUGGUUCCGUGCAGGGACUACACUGCUGAGCACUCGGGAGGCUCCGAAACCACUGGAUCAUAGAAUCACCAGGCUGGAAAAUACCUGUUGGAUCAUUGAGUCCAACCAUUCCUAUCUGCCACUGAACCAUGUCCCUGAGCACCUCAUCUACCCCUCUUUUAAAUAUCUCCAGGGAUGGGGACUCAAUCAUCUCCCUGAAUGCGCCGCAGGGAAAGGGAAAAGGCAGCAUUGUCUGUGGUGAAGAUGAGGUUUACUAUCUACAACCUUUCAAGCAGGGAUGCCGAGUGAAGAAGAUCCCAAGGAAGAGAACAGGAACAUAGAGGAAGACUACUGGCAGUGAGGGAAAACAGAUGGAAUCCCCACUCUGAAUAAAUCAGGAUCUUGGCAUAGCGAGCCCCUCCCUGGCAGCUGAGGGGCAUCUC